GACCGCGAUGCGCGAGCUGCCGUCACCGCGGCCGCUCCCGCAAGCGCCGCGCUAACCUGUACCGAUGCAGUGGCGAAAACUAACCAGGUUGAAAUCUUCGCCGGGCGGACAGUCGCGCGCUCGGAGGAUGCUCUGCUGCGGCCGCAGGAAGGAGAAUGGCCGCGCGGCGCCGGACCUGACGGCUUCGCCGGGCCGCGCGCCGCCCGGCCCGCCGCAGCCCUCGCGCGCCAAUCAUGCGCCGCCCUGCGUGCUGCAGCCGGACUUCAGGAAGGUAUCGGGUGUCAGCAAUGAAAUAUUCAGGCAAAUUGAAAUGGUUGAAAAUGAUCACGACGCCACUACGGCCGCGGCGCUCGAGGCAGUGGAGCGACGCGGUGAGAUGAUAGUACGGAUUCUUGAAUUGAGACAAGUUGGCAGAAAUAAUAUAGAAGCCGCUAAGAAGUUCUUUUCUCUGCAAGACGCACGCCACAUAGUUCAACUAGUGGAAAUCGUCAAGCGCCCUGGUCAAACCUUGGGUCUUUACAUUAGAGAAGGAGAUGGCGGUGCAAGGACAGAUGGAGUAUUUAUAUCCAGAAUAGCUUUGGAAUCGGCAGUUUACAAUAGCGGGUGCCUGAAGGUUGGGGAUGAGAUCCUGGCCGUCAACUUAGUUGAUGUCAGGCGAAUGUCACUUGACGAUGUAGUGAUUAUUAUGUCAAUACCACGACGUUUGUUGCUAUGCACCAGACAGAGAAAAGGAAAAUCAGGUCCUGGAUCACCAUCGUUACCGCGCCCUGAGCACAAACCACCACCAGUGGUGGUGUUGAAACGCGACUGCCGGGACGAUGAUGACAGAGAUCGAGACAGGGUCGACGGACUCUAUUCACAACAUGGUACUCUGCGUUCAACGGGAGGUCCUGGCAGUUCUGUGCGACCUGUUGGUGAUGGCAGAGAAGAGCGAAGCCGUAUGCAGCUUGGAGCAUUGUCGCCUGACUCAACUCCGCUAGAUCUAUAUUAUAAUUCACGACCACCGUCUGAUCAUUCGACGUGGAGCUAUCGCCCACCGCCACCUGUUAUAACGGAACAGCCGAAAUCAUCUGCAACACAUUUUGUUCCAUAUGAACGAUCUUAUCCGAACACAUUAGAGAGUUUAGCAGAAAAAGUACACUCUUUCUAUCCCGAAACUGGAAGCACUCGUUUUGGAGGCAGAGUGCCGCGAUCCGGAUCUGAACAACAGUUGCCAAGGGCGGAAACGCAUUCUGAUUUCGGUCGUCAUUCGUUACUUCGAUCUAGUUUGAAAGCUUCUGCUGCAGGACCUGCUUCCACUUUGAGUAGAUAUGGACAGCGUUAUGGUGGAGUGGGCAUGACUGGUUCUGGUCUACCGUCUAGUCUUACAGGUACUGGUCUUGGAGGAACCGGCUUAGGAGGACCUGGUCUACCGUCUGGAUUAUCAUCCACUGGCCUAAGUGGUUUAACAGGUUCAAGCUUGGUAGGCUCAGGCUUGACAGGUUCAGGACUGGGGACUGGAUUAUCGGGAACUGGAUUGAGCUCAACUCUUGGAGCAGGUUAUGGAACUACAGGAUUAGGACUACCAUCUUAUGGCAGUAAAUUUGGAACUACAAGACGGAAUCGCAGUUUGGAUUACUCAUCUGAUACAGAAGCUACUGCUCCAACAAGAACUCCUUAUUAUUCUGGAUUAAGUGGUUAUAGAAGUAGUACUCUUGGAAGAGAUAUUGGAUCGAAGUUUAAUUCAUUACCGAGAGACGUAAGAGGAACUGGUCAACGAUUGGGGCUGUCAAGACGCGCAGGAAGCGUUCUUCAAGAUGAGCCUGAACCUUUAUCUUCGAGAUUAGACUUACGCUCUUCCAGAGGUCGAUUGCCUUCUUCUCCCUCAGUGUUCACUUCUGAUGAAUAUCGCGCGUGGUUAUCUCGGGCCCCAUCUACAAGUGCGCUGUAUGAAACGCUUCGUCCAAGACUGCCUACGCACUACUCCGCCGAAAAUAUACAUGAUGCUCUUAAAAACAUGGAAAGUGGCAGCCGCUUUGGUUCAUCACUCGGUUUGGCCACUCGUCGAAUUGAAAGACCUCGUCAUUUACCCGCGCGCUCACUCUCAUCCCAGCAGCUUGGUCCUACAGCUGGUGGAUCUCCAUCAGCUCGACGCGUCAGACAAUUGCUCGAAUUGGGGUCUAAAUUCAGCUGCCCCAACCCUAGCCCUGUACCGACACCUGGCUCAAGGCAUCAGCGCCAUCUGGAUAUCAAUCCUAAUGAGUUCCUAAAAUACAAAGUCGACAAACCGGGUACAGGAGGGCUUUCUACAUCAAUGACAGGAUUAUCACGUAUAUCUGGAGGAGUUUCUGGGAUGCUGUGGGUUCACCUACUCGCUGGUCGAGGUUUGCGUCCAGCACCAUCUGGAUCUUCACCUGGAUCUCCGCCAUCUGGACCACUCGCACCACCACAGCCUCCAGUGGCACCCCGUGAUCUGUAUUGUGUAUUAGAGUGCGAUCGCGUUCAUAAAGCACGUACAGUGGUACGAACUGGUGAGCUUCAAUUUGAUUGGGACGAGUCAUUUGAGUUAGAACUUGUUGACAAUCGCCAGCUUGACGUAUUGGUAUACUCCUGGGAUCCACAGCACAGGCACAAGCUGUGUUUCCGAGGAGCUAUUACAUUGCCAGAUUUACUAGCUCGUUCUCCAUCUCACCAGCUUGCGAUAAAAAUGGAGCCCCGAGGUACUCUCUACAUGCGCGUCCGUCAUACGGAGCCACACGAGCUGUUUCGUCGUCGACCCGCUGCACCGCGUCUAGCGCCACCACCAUUAUUCGGUGCAGAGUUGGAGACGGUAGUGGCGCGGGAACUAAGACCACCACACGCACCACCUGUGCCGUUGGUAGUGAGACGGUGUGUGGAAGAGAUAGAGAGACGUGGCUUGGAUAUUAUAGGUCUCUAUCGAUUAUGCGGUUCCGCAAACAAAAAGCGUAUACUGAGAGAAGCUUUUGAGCGCAACGCUCGUGGUGUAGAACUGACUCCAGACUCAGUUCCUGAUAUCAACGUUAUCACCGGCGUGUUAAAGGAUUAUUUGACGGAGCUGCCCCAGCCACUGUUUAGCCGUUGCUUAUACCAAAUGACCUUGGAUGCUUUAGGUGUAUGCCUUCCAGAUGACAAAGAAGGAAAUGCUCGUUUAAUGGCAUCUAUAGUUGAAUGUCUGCCUCGUGCUGCUCGCGCUACCUUGGUCUUCCUUCUUGACCAUUUGGCCCUGGUAGUGGCUGCCCAAGACCGUAAUAAAAUGUCACCACAGCAUUUGGCAGUUGCAAUGGCACCACCUCUAAUGCUCCAAUCACAACCACCAGCGGAGAUGGACUAUCAACGUCCGAUUCACGUCCUCCAAUGCCUCUUACAGAUUUGGCCACCUCCGAAACGUUCAGUUCGGCGCGGCGAGCCAGCAACCGGGCCGCGUGGAAACAGAGUCAGUGCGUCGCCAGUGGCCUCAGCCACCCUGCCCCCAGGCCGAGUUCCGCCCUCAGUCAGUCCAUAUCGGCAUCAAGCGGGAGCAUCAGCAGCAUCUCCGCCGCCAGCUCUCUCGGCUCGGCCCGUGGCCGACCGCUCGCCGCCCGCACAUGUUCUCUCAUCAGUCAGGGCCGGCCAAUAUCGUCCGCAGUCGCCUCUUCGAGGCCCUCUGCCCGCUCCGCCUCGCUCCCGUCAGGUGACAGUAUCGUCCCCCGGUUCGCCCAGUAGCAGUUCCGGGAGUCACAGUCCAGCUGACACUAUCAAGCACGGCGGAUCCGUUUCGUCAAUACUGCGGCAGCCGGAGCGGGCGAGUUCGCCUCGUUCGUCACCGAGACACUCUCCUCGAGCCUCUCCGCGAGAGUCACCCCGCAAUACUCCCCGAGACUCGACUCCAAGAGCGACAACGCCAAGGGAGUUCGUUUCGAGGGAAAUGCGCGAGGGUACAUCGCGCGAGGGUACGCCGCGCGAGGGACCAUCACGCGAAGGCACGCCACGAGAGGGGGGUUCACGCGAGUCACCACGGUCCGCUAUUCCGGGCACAUCAGCGGGGCUGGCGGUGACACUGAACUCGGGCGCGCCAAGCCCGCGCUACAGUUCCACCAAUCCUUUUCUGCAGCAGUACGACGCGGAGGAGGAGGCGGAGGCGUGGCGCGCCGCUGAUAUCUUCUCCUCGACAUCCACGCACACAUAGUGCUCAUAGCGAAUUGAGAUUUUCUAGUCAAUUUUUUUAUUGAAUCGAAAGAGUGCUACGAUUCUGCUGUAUAUUAUGUUGUUCGACGAGCGUGUUGCGCGCUCGUGAAAUAUUUGUUAUAUAUAGAGCGAGUUACGGUGUAUAUUAUUGUGAGAAUGUUUACCUUCUGACGCGCGAGGCAACGCCUCGCCGCCCGCCGGCGGUCCGCCCCUUAGACGCAAUAGUGUUUAUCGUAUUAUAUUGUACAUUGUAUAUAAUUAAAUACGUAUAUGUAGGUACGCUCCGAUUUUGUACCGUUAGGGUGGGCCUCGGCGGACGGCCCGAAGCGCUACACACAUCGUCCCACAUAUCAGAGGCUUGCGUAGACAUUCGACACGCAAUCGGCUCACGAGAAACACUAUCAUGCGAAGGAUUUCAUUCAUUAAAGUAUACCACGAUAAUGGUUCGUACCACCGUGACUCGUGAGUGUCGACAGUAGACACAAGUCAGUAGGUCGAGUAGGGAGAGUAUCAUAGAUCAGACGCGGACCGUCUUGAGACUGAGACCAUAUCAGUAGCUCGUAGUUGGUACCACUCGAUGGACAUCCGUCGUAGAACGAGCGAUUACGUGACAAGUUAGAAGGUCUAGCGUUGCUGUUAUGAAAAAUUUCGAAUAUUCAAAAUAAUCCUUGUUCAUUAAUAACUUAAAUAUAUGUAUAACGGUAUAUUAAACUAAUAUAGAAUUUAGUAAAGCAUUUUUACGAGUCGCUAAUUCUAUGAAGGAAAGGAUUUUUUUAUCAUAUGAGAUCGGUCGCAAUCUCAA